UGGGACGCAAACACCCUGUGCGCAUGCGCGAAUUGAACUCACGUUGUGGGACUUGUGUGCUCCAAAAACAAAUGUGAACGCUGGUUUAUAUCGGCGUUUUGCGUCGUUUAAUGUCGAACUGUUGCGGGUAUAUUUCUGUGUCGCGUUGAUUUUUCUGUCUUUGUUCACGGCAAAGUCAGAGUUUAAAACAAUUAGCUGAAACCUGGAGUGAGCUUACUAGCUAGCUUAGCCCCUUCCAGCUACAAGUGGCAGCAUGGCAGCUGUGGUGGAGCUCAUUGCUGGAAGCUACGAGCAGAUUGCCUUUGGUUAUCGAGUGGGCACUGGUGAAGCAGAAUGGACGGCCGAGGCGCUUUUCACACAUCACGCCCACACUGCCUCCAUAUCCGCUGUGGCCGCCAGUGAGAGGUUUGUGGUCACAGGGAGCAAAGAUGAGACCAUCCAGGUGUAUAACAUGAGGAAGAAAACUGAGCAUGGAGCUUUGCUUCAUCACGAUGGCACCAUCACCUGUCUCGAGUUUUAUGGCGACUCUCAUUUACUGAGCGGAGCGGAGGACGGCCUGGUGUGUGUGUGGAGCACCAAGAAGUGGGAGUGCCUCAAAUCCAUCAAAGCUCACAAAGGCCAUGUGACGUCGCUGUCUGUCCAUCCGUCCGGGAAACUCGCCCUCUCCGUUGGGACGGACAAGACUCUCAGAACGUGGAAUCUAAUUGACGGAAGAUCGGCCUUCAUCAAAAACAUAAAACAGAAUGCACACAUUGUCAGAUGGUCUCCUGAUGGGGAUAAAUACGUGGUGGUGAUCGCCGAUAAAUUGGACAUCUACAAACUGGAGACGGCCUCGCUGAUGGGAACAGUCACAAACCCCAAGAGGAUUUCCUCCAUUAAGUUCUUAACUAACUCCAUCCUGGCCGUUGCAGGAGACGAUGAAACAGUGAGGUUAUGCGAUGUGGAUACACAGAAAUGGCUCUGUGAGUUCCAGGCUCAUGAAACCAGGGUGAAAGCGGUUGACGGUUUGAUUAUGGAGGACUGCUGUGUGCUGGUGACGGCUUCAAACGACGGAUUCAUCAAAAUGUGGAAACUCCACCUGAAAGAGGAGCUGCAGUCUCCCACCCUCCUUGGAGAAGUGAACACAACAGCCAGACUGACAUGCCUGGCUGUGUGGAAGCCUUCAUCAACGCAGGAGAGCACCGAGUCUUCAGCCGCAAAGGCAACAACGUCUCAAGAAAUUGCCCAGGAGCUUUCAAAGUCGAAGAGGGUCAGAAUUGCGACCGAAGAAGUCAUUAUGGAAGAUGAGAGCAAACCUAAGAAGAAGAAAAAGGACCGUGGAAAAUGAAACGAAAAACACAAUAAAUAAAUGUUUUAUAUCCAAGCACUGUUUGCCGUCUGCACUCAUUUGAUCUGUGAUGCAUUUGCCAGAUUGAACUGUUUUAUUUCUUGCUAGUGUAUUUUCUGACACUUGCCACCAGGAGGGGAUACAACACAGCUUGUACAAAAACUCCUCUGAAUGUACAGGUUUUAUUGAAUUGAAAAAAUAUAUUUGCUGACCUUGAGACCA